GGGCGCGACCGCAGGAAGUGCGUGGCCGCCGGAGCCAUGGCGGCGCUGGCGGUCGUCUUCUUCCUCCUCGGGACGGCAUCCUGGCCGCCGGUGUCGGCCUCGGGCGAGGAGUUCUGGCCCGGCCAGUCGGCCGCCGACAUCCUGUCGCGGGCGGCGUCCCGCAGACGGUACCUUCUGUAUGACGUCAACCCCCUGGAGGGCUUCAACCUCCGCAGGGAUGUGUACAUCCGCAUGGCCUCCCUGCUGAAGACCCUGCUGAAGGCGGAGGAGUGGGUGCUGGUCCUGCCCCCGUGGGGCCGCCUCUAUCACUGGCAGAGUCCUGAUAUCCUCCAAGACCGGAUACCUUGGUCCGAGUUUUUUGAUCUUCCAAGUCUCAAUAAAAACAUCCCGGUCAUUGAGUAUGAACACUUCAUCGAAGAGUCCGGUGGGCCCUUCAUUGACCAGGUGUAUGUCCUGCAAGGGUACGCGGAAGGGUGGAAGGAGGGCUCCUGGGAGGAGAAGGUGGACCCGCGGCCGUGCCUGGAACCCCUGCUGUACUCACAGGACAAGCAUGAGUAUUACAGGGGAUGGUUUUGGGGUUAUGAAGAAACCAGGGGUUUGAACGUCUCCUGUCUGUCCAUCCAAGGAUCAGCGUCCACCAUAGCACCUGUGCUCCUGAAAAACACUUCAGCCCGGUCCGUGAUGCUGGACAGAGCCGAGAACUUCCUUCACGACCAGUACGGGGGCAAGGACUACUGGGACACCCGUCGGAGCAUGGUGUUCGCCAAACACCUGCGGGUGGUGGGAGACACCUUCAGAAGCAGGUACCUCAACUCCACAGACGCCGCGGACAAGAUCCCCUUUGAGGAAGACUGGACAAAGAUGAAGGUGGAGCCGGGCUCUUCGCUGGGGGGCCCAUAUCUCGCAGUCCACCUGAGAAGAAAGGACUUCAUCUGGGGGCACCGUCAGGACGUGCCCAGCCUGGAGGGGGCGGUGAGGAAGAUCCGCAGCCUCAUGAAGACCCACCGGCUGCACAGGGUGUUCGUGGCCACAGACGCCAUCAGGACAGCCCAUUGCUUUGCAGAGUUUGAGGAGCUGAAGAAGCUGCUCCCCCGGAUGGUGGCCUUCGAGCCCAGCUGGGAGGAGCUGGAGCUCUACAAGGACGGCGGAGUCGCCAUCAUCGACCAGUGGAUCUGCUCGCACGCCAGGUUUUUUAUCGGCACCUCGGUCUCCACAUUCUCUUUCCGGAUUCACGAGGAAAGGGAGAUCCUGGGGUUGGACCCCAGGACGACGUACAACCGCUUCUGUGGAGACCAGGAGGAGGCGUGCGAGCAGCCCAGCCACUGGGAGAUCGCCUACUGAGGCUCGCCGUCUGCAGCCUGGUGCUCGCACCUGGGCGGCCCGGGCAGCCAGAGCGCCCCACCAGGGCCCCGGGCCAGGGCGGCCUGCUCCCGGCUGAGAGCGCCAUCCCACGCUCCCUCCAGCUGCCUCCAGGGUC